GCCAUCUUCGCUGAUCGGUUUAGCUUGGAGGGAUAUUCGGAGGCCCAUCGCUCUUUCCCAAGAUGCUAAUGAGCAGGAUGUCAACGGAACGUCACUUCACCGCGUCGCGGACGCGUCGCUCAUCCGACACGUCUCAGACCAGACAACGAUAUCUCUACUCACGAACAUCACCACAAAAUAGAGCAAUCGUCAGACUACAAUAUCCGUAUGCUCACUUGAAGAGCACCCUCAGCUCAGCAUGUUCUACUCCCACGAAGGUACGCGUUGCAAUGAGCCAGCAGAUGGCCUUACCGCUGCUCACUGGCCCUCGUACAUUGUCAGCAUGGUCGCUGACUGUCUGCAAGUCCUUACGAGCCGCAAGUAUGGCGUGGCGACCAUCUGGCUUGUCGCGACGCUUGGCUCCAAGUCUACACUCAAGAAGGUAUCGCGCAAAGCAAUUCUCGAUGUCGAUGUGCAGAAGGCGUGCGAGACCAUCGUCACGCCAGAGGCGCCAAUGGCAUUACGUUUGCAGAGCAGCCUCUUGUACGGCGUCGCACGCGUUUACUCUCAGCAGUGUGGAUACGUACUGAAUGAUGCGGAGACGGCGAAGACUAACAUGCGGACGAUCUUCAAUGUCAUGCGAACCAGUGCAUUAGAGGCUGAGGGAGGGCGCAAGGGGCGCGCCGACCAGCUCAUCUUGCAGGAUGACCCAAACUUCCUGCCGGAUUUUGACCUGAUACCCCUCGAUCUGGAGCAGUUGAAUCUCGAUCUGAGUGCUACUGGCGAAGAGUCCCAGCAAUCCCUCUUUUCACCGUACAACUCACAAGUGUCUAUGGGCUCUGAGCGCAGCAUGCCGCAACUCGACAUUCCGGGUCGCUCUAGCUCAUGGAUUGGAGGCGCCGUCACUGGAUCCCGAGGCAGUUUCGGGAUGCGUGGCGAAUCCGGUCAUGUCAGCGCGGCAGGCUUGAUGCUCGAGGACGACAUCGGAAUGGAUGUACUGGCUGACGGAACGAUCGUAUUCAGGGACGUGCCUUCAAGGCAGCCUGACGCGCCGAGAAGUAGAUUUGAGCGCACAGAUCUCGAAAGCCCCGGCGUGAAUGAAAGUCGGGCGUAUGAGGCUGGUUUGGAAGUACAAGACGCCCUCGCUCGAAUGGAUAAUGACGGCUUCUUCCCACUACAAGACGACUUUGGCCUAGACUACGGUGUCGAGCCCUUCCCCCAACCUCGCAAUGCAGAACAGCAAGCUCAGCAGCAGACGACGUCAGAGAGUGCAAAGGCACCAGCUCGCCGCCGCAGAAAGCCGGAGCCCAAGGUCAUUCCGGUUGACACCACGCUCGAGGUGCGCAACACUGAUCUGGCGCGCUGGAACCAGGAGUAUAUCGCCACAAUGCACGACCUCGCACGUCAGAAGCGGGCCAAGCACGCUGCUGCAAUCGCCAAAGAAAAUGCCAAGUUCUGGGUGCUUGGAGCGGGCAGUUUGGACCUGGUGGGCCAGGCUAACACGCUCCUCAAGGGACCGCUAGAUAUGUUCUCCGGCGCAAAGCUGCUUGAGACUCUUACAGGCGUCAACCUUCUCGGCACAGGUGACAAGCGCAGCAGAGAGACAACGGACGGAGGUGAAGAAGGCCGCCGCAAACGCUCGCGCGGCCUGGAGCCAUCGUCUGACGAGCAAGGUCGCGCCCUCCAGGAUGAUGACGGCUACGUGCCGAUAGGCAUUGAUGAGUACACUGGCAUCGAGCAAGGUCGAGAAGCGCCGACGCCGCUUGACGACCGUCAUCUUUCGAGCAUCUUCCCGUGGAACCAGAGUGCUGGCUCUCGUCGUCCGACUGGUCAUUUUACUUCAGCCUCCAUUUCCGGCAUGGGUAUCAUGCCUGGUUCGUUGAGUCGUCGCGGAAGCCGUAUGCGAUCUGCUUCUCCGCUGAUCAGCCGUGGGAUGUUCGGCGGCGAAGCAGUAGUCACAAACGAAUCGCAGCAAGGGCUCGGCAGCGUUCAAGCUGGCUCUGGCGAUAUUGAUAUGGAAGAAUUCGAGAAGUACGGUCCGGCUGCCCAGGUGGACACGCAAACUGCCGCCCAGUCACAGUGGCAGCGUGCCGUGCUCGACAGCGAGAGUAUCAAUUUCCUCGGAUUCGUCCAGGCUGCCAUAGCCGAUGAAGAGAAGAUUCGUGAAAACGCUGGUCAGGAAAAUGAAAACCUCCAGGCCGUCCAGGGGUUCGUCGAAUUCGCGACACUGCUGCCGGCGGAGCGCAACAGUCGCAUAGUCGCAGCUCAAGGUUUCCUGCACAUUCUCACGCUCGGGACAAAGCAUUUGCUCGACGUUCAACAAGACCGUCCCUUCGAAGCAAUAACUAUGCGCUGUGUCUGAGCACGAUUAGAGGGAUGGAAUGAUCAGUACUGUUGAAACAUAUGCGUGACGAUGUAUGCGGCAAUAGUGGGCGCGAAUCAUGGAUGGCUAAAUGUUUUGCUUUCUGUACGUUCAAGUAUCUGUGGCAUAUCGCGCCUGUGGAAAGCAUGGUGGAAAGCGCUUAGCGGUUUUCCGGAACGUUCUUUGCUUCUCAUGUUGCACCUCAGCAAAUGUCCGGCGGUGCAAUGUUUGUGAAUGCUUCGGUCUGUUACGGCCCCCCCACGCAAACGAGUUACGU